UCCUCUUGGGCCAGCUCUUAUGCCUCUUUGAGUGAAUAGGAAUUAGUUGGGUAGACUCGGACUGUUAGACAAACGGAAAAAGACUUGAAACACAUAAGAAAGGCAAAGCCUCGCCUCACUGGAAGCACCGCCGCCAUCAAUGGCCGAAGCAAAAGACACCAAAAAGAAAAGCAAGAAACACAAAAACCCCAAAACCACCGAUCAAACCUCCAAAACCGCCUCAGAUUUCGCAUUCAAGCCUUCAUCCGAAGUAAAAGGUCUCCGAUUCGGCGGCCAAUUCAUCGUCAAAUCCUUCACCGUCCGCCGCGCGCGGCCGCCGGAGAUUCUCCGCCUCCUUUCGCUUCCGCCGUCGCCGUCCGACACCGCCGCGCCGCCGCCGUUCGCUUCCACCACCGCUUUCCUGCCGACGAAUUUCACGAUCCUGGCCCACCAGGCCUGGCACACGCUCACGCUCGGCCUGGGGACGAAGAAGACGAAGGUUGUUAUAUUUGUUUUCGAGUCGGAAUCUAUGAAGGCCGCCGUGGACCGCCGGUGGCCGCCGGAGAUUCCGCUCGGGGAAGUGCACAAGAAGCUGAUUAGAGGGCUUAGCGGCUCCGAAAUGGCGCGGUUUAAGUUCAGAAAGGGGUGCAUAACUUUCUACAUCUACGCCGUGAGGCGAGCCGGGAGCUUGGGAUUCGCUCGCGCCGACGAUCUCAGAACGGUUUUGCAAUCGACGGUGGAGCUUAAAGAUUUCUUGGAUCACACGGCGAUGCUGGCGGUGCCGAAUCAGAGAAGUAUCAACUGCGCCGCGCCGCCGCCGCCGCCCGUCGCCAUGGCUCACUAGCUACCCAUAUCUUAUUCUUACUCAAUAUUUUUCCUAUUUUAGUUUUUUUUUUUCUAUAUAGUAUGGAGGAUUUUUACUUUUUUUUCCCCUCUAUCUCUUUUGGGAAAAUUUGAUUCUGUAUUUUCAUGUUCAAUUUUAUUUAGCAUUAAUAAAAUUGAGGUAUAUUUUCUUAUUGUCUACAA